AACCCACCCUCCAGCAGUUCCUCCUAUCUCAGCAGGAACUCGCACACGAACCCUCGCCUCGUUAGCCAUGUCCAACAUCCCCGCCACCCAAACGGCCUGUGUCGUCGCCUCCUCCUCGGAGCCGAUCGAGAUCAAGGACGUCCCCGUCACGCAGGCCAAAGAUCUCCAGCCCGGCGAAUGUCUCGUCAAGCUUCACUGCACUGGUGUUUGCCACACCGAUCUCCACGCCCGUCUCGGUGACUGGCCGAUCCCCCCCAAGACCCCUCUCAUCGGUGGCCACGAGGGCGUUGGCGAGAUUGUCGCCAUCGGCGAGCACACCUCGCACAGCCCGGUCAAGGUCGGUGACCGUGUCGGCAUCAAGUGGCUCGCAGACUCGUGUUUGCGCUGCGAGAUGUGCCGCAAAGGCCUCGAGCAAUGCUGCCCCGACGCCAAGCUCUCCGGCUACACCGUCGACGGCACCUUCCAACACUACGUCGUCUCCUACACCAACCACGUCUCGCCCAUCCCGGAGAACCUCGACUCAACCGAGGCCGCCUCCAUCCUCUGCGCCGGCGUAACCGUCUACCGCGCGAUCAAGUACUCCAACACCAAAGUCGGCGACUUCAUCGUCCUCCCCGGCGCCGGCGGAGGCCUCGGCCAUCUCGCCGUGCAAUACGCCAAUGCGAUGGGCCUCCGCGUCAUCGCGAUCGACACCGGCGCGGACAAGAAGGAGCUCACGCUCAAGCUCGGCGCCGAGCACUGGAUCGACUUCCGGGAGACGAAGGACCUCGUCGCCGACGUCAAGAAGCUCACCGGCGGCCUCGGCGCGCACGCCGCGGUCGUCACCGCCGCCACCGGCGCCGCAUACAACCAGGCCGUCGACUACCUCCGCCCCGGAGGCACCCUCAUGGCUGUCGGUCUCCCAGGAAAAGCGACCCUCGAGGCCAGCAUCUUCUUCACCGUCUUCAAGGCCGUGAACAUCCUCGGCUCGUACGUCGGCAACCGCCAAGACGCCAUCGAGGCGCUCGAGAUCGCCUCGCUCGGCAAGGUCAAGUGCCACUACGUCACCCGCCCGCUCUCCGACCUUAAGGACGUGUACGAGAGCAUGGAGAAGGGUACCGUCGCCGGCCGUAUCGUCCUCGACAUGCGCGAGUGAUUGGAAACAGUAGCGGACCAGAAGAAUAAUUGAACGUGUCAUGUAUACUACGGUGUCCUGUUGUAUAUUCGCUUGGGAGGGUCAGAUUCGCUCGCACGUAAUGGCGUAGAUUGUAUCAAUUGUUGUUUUUGUGGUAGUUGCACGAAUGAAUGGGAUCCGUGAAGAACAAGG